AAGUGGGCCAGAAGUGACAAUGAAGGCAAAAGCUAAGAAGGAAGUUCCUCUAUGAAACAUUUCCUUUUUUACAGCUGGAAUGUUCUUUAACCUUGAAUUUGGUCUAUGGGGCAGCUCUCAUUGAGAGUAGUAUGUUUCAUUUCUCUUAUUUAAGUAGAAAAUAGACCACAUAUACAGGCACACUCGUUACACAAUAAACAUCACUGUGCUGAAACGAUAAAAAUCCAGAGUAGUAUUUGCAAUCAGAAGGCAGGAGCUGCAGCUCGGAACACGUCCUCCAAUCCAGGGUCAGACCACAAGAAUACUCAAGACCUUACUGAUGAAAACUCAGCAGAUUCUCUGUCAUAAAGAAUUUUAACAACUAAACUAAGAUAUUAAAAGGAAAAUACCAGAUGCCACUCUGCAGGCUGUGUUAACUACCAUUUACUGGACACAUUCAAAUCCUUCAGAAUCAACAGAGUAACCAGGUAGCAAAGAAGAAACACGAGCCAUGGACAACCUCACCUCUGCGGCUGGGAAUGGCAGCGUGUGCUCCAGGGAUUACAAAAUCACCCAGGUCCUCUUCCCACUCCUCUAUACUGUCCUGUUUUUUGUUGGUCUCAUCAUAAACAGUCUGGCAAUGAGGAUUUUCUUUCAAAUCCGCAGUAAAUCCAACUUUAUUAUUUUCCUUAAAAACACAGUCAUUUCUGACCUUCUCAUGAUUCUGACUUUUCCAUUCAAAAUCCUCAGUGAUACCAACCUGGGAACAGGACCGCUGAGAGCCUUUGUGUGCCAGGUGACCUCUGUCAUCUUUUACUUCACGAUGUACAUCAGUAUUUCAUUCCUAGGACUGAUAACUAUCGAUCGCUACCAGAAGACCACCCAGCCAUUUAAAACAUCCAACCCCAACAAUCUAUUGGGGGCAAAGAUUCUCUCUGUCGUCAUCUGGGCAUUCAUGUUCUUACUCUCCUUGCCUAACAUGAUUCUGACCAACAGGAGGCCGAGUGACAAGAAUGUGAAGAAAUGCUCUUUCCUGAAAUCAGAGUUUGGUCUGGUCUGGCAUGAGAUAGUCAAUUACAUCUGUCAAGUCAUUUUCUGGAUUAACUUUCUGAUUGUCGUUGUAUGCUAUACGCUCAUUACAAAAGAACUCUACAAGUCAUACGUAAGGACAAGGGGCGCAGGCAAAGUCCCCAAGAAAAAGGUGAACAUCAAAGUUUUCAUUAUCAUUGCUGUAUUUUUUAUUUGCUUUGUUCCUUUCCAUUUUGCCCGAAUUCCCUACACCCUGAGUCAAACUCGGGAUGUCUUUGACUGCUCUGCUGAAAAUACGCUGUUCUAUGUGAAAGAGAGCACUCUUUGGUUAACGUCCCUGAACGCAUGCCUGGAUCCGUUCAUCUACUUUUUCCUUUGUAAAUCUUUCAAAAAUUCCCUGAUGGGUAUGCUCAAAUGCCCCAAUUCUGCAUCAUCUCCAUCCCACAAAAAUAGGAAAAAGGGACAGGAUGGUGGAGAGCCAAGCGAAGAGACUCCAAUGUAAAUAAACUGAGGUAAUACUUCAAUCUGUUAGUAUUAACACUGACUAUGGAUUAGCUGAGUUAGUAACAGUAACUCUUGAAACAAAUCAUAGACGACUACAGAAGCAAUUUUCACUUACUGGUCCAGUAUUUGAAAGCAAUCUUAAAGUGUAGGAAGAUAACCUAACAUGUAGUCGUGUAGCAAACCAAACUGCAUCCAAUCACUACACCAUGUGCAAAACUACACAGGAGUCAUGACCUGUAGAGCUUUGGUACAAUGGGUAACCAUACAACAACAUCUACUGUAAUUCUUUAAAUACAUUACUGAUCACAAUGCCAUUAUCAACUUAUAAUCAACUGAGAAAGAAUGAUAAAUCUGAUAAAAAUCUUCUAAGUAUAUUAUAUGUAUACAUACUUAUACAUGUGUGUAUAUAUAUCCCAGACCCCUAACCAAUGCUGACCUAUGGUGAUACUCAUAAAAAUUUAAGUAAGUGGAACACUCAGAGAGCAGUAACUACUAACUUGUAAUUAUAAGCAAAAAUCUAAGGGAUUUAAACUAAUUGAAAUGGCAGUUGAUUAGACUAAUUUUUUUUCAUUAAGAAGAUAGAGGCUUAAAAACUUCCUUUCCAAAAAAAGAGCAGAAAUAGCAAAGUUAUUAAAAGUUAUUUUAUGAGACCCUAAUACCAAAAACUUGCAUUUCCUUAACACUAGAGAAACCAGUUUACUAAUAUUUUGACAACUUUAGUAAAUACAAUGCCAUUAUUAACAUCUAUCUUUAUUAACUAGCUUCUAGAAACUACCUGAGACUUAGGUUAAUGAACAUUUCCCCUAAGAGAAAAACAAAUUAAAUAUGAUUAUGCAGUUGUAUAGCAUAACUAUUAACAGGAAAGUGAUAAAAAUGUUUGAAAUUAUCUGUUUGUCAUUUGUGCAUAUAACAAAAGAUUUACAUUAAACUCUAAAAAUACCC